AUGAAUCCAAGUAUACCGGAAGACGUGAAAGAAGUGACGAAGGAUACUGAAGAGGACCAAACGUGUCUGGAAGAUUUUCAGGAGUGUAUAGAAGAUUUCCAAGAGUGUUUGGAUGUAGUUCAUAUAUGCAUAGACGAUGACAACUCUUUCAAUCACUCCGCUUGUUCAUCACAAGUCGAAGACUUUGGUCAAAAAAGCAAUUGCUCCCAAAAAAACUGCGCGAGUAACUAUCUGAAUAUCCAUCGAAUUAAAUCCAGAGAUAGUAUCGGUGAUAGUGACAUUGAUAUUAGUUUUAAAAGUACGAAUGAAGCUCAAAACGAUAAAAUUAGUGAAUACAAUAAAGGCGACAUUAAUAAAAUCGAAAAAUUUGCCAAAAAUGAUAGUUUAACUCUGAGUGAUAAGCCUUCUGUCUCCGAAAAAGAUGACUACGAAACUUGUGUGGACGAUUCCCUAUCGGAAGAAUACAGCAGAGUUAAAAAACAGUUUUUGAAAUCCAUUGAGACUGAUUCGCAUAGCGGUAAUCAAACAGUACAAAAUUUCAACUCCAAUCACCAUAAAAAACUAUGUUCUAAUGAUCUCGACGAUACAACACCAACCAACUCCAAAAACAACUUGCUGGACCAAUUUUUUGUACAUAUACCUGAUGCCAAGGCUCAUAACACAGUGAAAGUUGCAGUUUCUGAACCUUGUCUGAUGAAAGACUUUUUCACGACCACUCGUCACAUCUGUCUGGAUUCCAAAAUGGACGAUGACGGUCUGAAAUCCUACGAUAACCAUUCCGAGGAUCAUGGAGAUGACGAGUUUUUUCUUGUACAGUAUCCCACCAAGACACAUAAGGAAGUUUGUAAAAGUUUGAGUGAUUCGAAUGUUUUGGAAACUCAUGAGAUUCCUUUGCAGAGAGUCUAUAGAAAGUGCGUUGAAGAGUAUUAUAAUGAUUAUGCGGACUGUCUGGAAAUGUACAAUUUGGCUUUGGAAAAAGAGAACGAAAAUGUGGAAGGGACAAGUGAAGAAAUGAAUGACGAUGACAUAUUUAUUGAAAUAUUUCUGCCGUUCAAAAGUCGAUCAGCUCCGGAUAUCAUGGAUAGUUCUUUUGUGAUGUUGACUUACGAUCCUGGACCUGAUAUGAAUAGAAGAAAAUCUGCAUUUAUCCCUGGCUAUCAAUGUCAUGAAAGUGAAAUGACAGUUAUACGACCAAUAGAAACAGAUCUGAAGGGAUGCCACGUUGAAGACAUGUUGCAAAAACAUUGGGGAUCAACACAUACUGUCAAAGUAUAUAGAGAGCCCAAUAAAAGUUUAGGAAUCAAUAUCGUGGGAGGAAAGGUUGAUCUCCAUUCCUCUGAAAAAUCCCCGGAUGCACUCCUUGGCAUUUUCGUAAAACACGUUGUGGCUGAUAGUCCUGCAGGAAAAACUGGAAAGUUCAAGAACUUCUCAGAAACCGAAAUAAACGACAAAAAUAACGAAAGUGUCGCUCCGUCGCCUUGUCCACAAUCAGUCACUCCAGAGUUCUCCCCUCAAUCCGAGAUAUUAAAGAACGAUGAAGAAAAUCACGAAAAUGAAAGUGAAUACCAAAACGAUCUUCACAUGCAGAACUGUGAAACAUCAGAAGACGUCUCCAGAAAAAAAAUCACAGAAACUGCGACCCUGAAAGAAUCAUGUGAAGUAGACCUCGUGCCUUUAGUAGCGGAAGUUACUCCUGUUUAUGCACCAGAAUCCAUCGAUGAGGCAAAAGCAGAACCGCCUGCUUCAGGGUUCAUUUAUGAUGAGCAGGAUGAAAAAGAAUCAGAAGACAAGAAUGAAUCCCCUUUGGGCAGUGAUGAUGAUGAGGAGGAAGACGUCAGGGAGCUGGAAGGAAGAACCGUUUCCAGCAAAGGAUACCAGAUCGACAGAGCGAGCGCAGGGAAUGUUAAAAGAACUAAAGAAGAAAUUGCAAACGAUACAGAAGAUGAAGAUGAUUUCGGUUAUACCACGAGUAUCUACAGAUGGCGGUUUGAGUCAUGGCCGGUGAGCUUCUCCCUCAAGAUAUGCAGUAGAUGUGUAGAAACCUGUAAUGAGUCUGUUAGAUUAUUCGAGCCCUAAAUGUAAAAUUGCAAACGAAAGCUUCUAUUUCUUUUUUCCUGAUACUAACAUGAAUAAAAUUCAUCAUUUUGAGAAUCGAAAUUAUGGUACGUCAUAAUAAGCGGCUUGUAGAAGUUGAUGUUUCAGGACUCGUUUGAAUUUGUGAUUGUGAGAAUAAAUAAAUAAUCAUGGAAUCUACAUUUAU